UUUUGUGGAAGACGAAUAUUUGGUCAUCAUGAAACUGCUGGUUGCUUUGGCUUUGGUGGGUCUGGCGGGGUCGGCGCUGGCCGAGGAGUUCGUGGCUCCCAUCGAGCUGGACUACCACAACAAGAUCGGUAUCCCCGAGGCUGCCCGCAUCAAGGCUGCUGAAGAGGCCCUGGACUUCGAUGGCGGCAGGAUCGUGGGAGGCGCUGCUGCCUGGCUUGGAGCGUACCCUUACAUGGGCGGUCUAGUCAUCACCCUGACUACCGGCGCUACCUCCGUCUGCGGGUCCUCUCUCCUCUCCAAUACCCGCGCCGUCACCGCCGCCCACUGCUGGCAGUCCACCGGUGGCUCGGCCCGCUCCUUCACCGUGGUCCUCGGCUCCACCACCCUCUUCUACGGCGGCACCAGAGUCACCACCAGCGAUGUCACCGUGCACGGCAGCUAUAAUAUGUGGACCCUCGUUAACGAUGUUGCCAUCAUCCGUUUGGGCUGGGUUAACUACAAUAACAACAUCCGCAACAUUGGUCUCGCGACCGGAACUAACCAGUUCGUCGGCACCUGGGCCUGGGCUGCUGGCUUCGGCAGGACCAGCGACAACGCCAACAUCGGCAACAACCAGUUCCUGUCCCACGUGCAGGUGCAGGUCAUCACCAACGCCGUGUGCCAGUCUACCUACGGCGCCGCUACUGUCCAGGCCUCCACCAUCUGUGUGGCCACCACCGGCGGCCGCGGUACCUGCGGCGGUGACUCCGGUGGUCCUCUGGUCGCCAACAACCAGCUGAUCGGUAUCACCUCCUUCGGUCAUCGCGACGGUUGCCAGCGCGGCUUCCCCGCUGGCUUCGCCCGCGUCACCGUCUUCGCCCCCUGGAUCCAGUCUCAUCUAUAA